AGAGAGAGAGAGAUCGUGCCACAGUGCGCCACCGCAUUUCCAUUAUCACACAAGCCAGCGAAGCGACCAUCGGACGGAGAGAGGUAUAAAGGAUUCACUGAUCCCAAGACGCGGUGCAUUUUUAACUCAGCUGUUAUCUCGCGUGAGAGAAGGGAAAAGCUUCCUCAAACAUCAGCCAAGAUGGGCAGAAUGAAGGAACUGGCUUUCGCCCUAACCUUGUUAGCGGUCUGUGUACUGACUGGUUACACUACAGAGGCAAAGGAAUUUAAAGUCUAUUGGAAUGUGCCCACGUUCAUGUGUCAUAACCGAGGUGUCUAUUUCAACGUGACUAAGUUCGGCAUCAUUCAGAACGCAGAUGACAUCUUCCAAGGAGAUAAGGUAAACAUCUGGUACCAUCCAGGGAAAUUCCCUCAUCUAGAAGGCAACAAAUCCGUAGAUGGAGGUAUCCCACAAAACGGCAACCUAGAGGACCACAUAAACACCUUCACUGAGCAAGUGGAAACGAUGCCUGUCGAUUUUGAUGGAGUUGCAGUCCUAGACUUCGAGUACUAUCUGCCAUCCUACGCGAGGGCUCCUAAGGAGUACAAAGAGGCCUCCCACGACUGGGUAUCCUCCCAGCAUCCUGAUUGGUCAGCGGAGGAUGUGGAGGCAGAAUCCGAACGGUCCUUCAACUCGUCAAUCAGGGAUUAUAUGGAGGUCGCCCUCGAAAUCGGCGCUGAUCUGCGACCCAAUGGCCUCUGGGGAUACUACCAUUACCCCUACUGCAAGAAUCAUGGAGGAGUAGUCGAGUGUGGAAACUUGAUAUCGGAGAUGAACGACAACACUCUGUGGAUCUACGAGGCCAGCAAAGCCAUGUACCCAAGCAUCUACCUCCUGAAGAGUGAGGGCGUGGAUGGGCGGAAGAACAUGGCCCUCGGGAGGAUCUUGGAGUCUCAGAGGUUGAACGAAAUGCUGAGCAAACCCGCGGCCAUUCUCACCUACUGUUGGUACAGAUAUCACGAAGUGGAAGAAUUCAUAACGCCAGAAGAUAUCAUGAACACGAUUGGCCUCUCAAAGGAGAGAAAACUCGACGGUUCUGUCAUCUGGGGAAGCUCCAACGAUUUAAACACAAAAGAAAAAUGUUUGCAAUACCAGGAAUACGUCGAGGACGUCCUGGGACCCCUGGUGAAGUCCAUCCUGGAGAUGCCCGAGACUCUACUGAGACUCGUUUUAGAGUCCCCAGGACUCAUGGCGGAAUUCAUUUCUCUCGCGACUGACAAAAGCAGGCAGUGGGAUCAGUAGGAGGCCAAGCGAUUGGUGAUGACGGAAUGAAAUACAUAAUGUAUUAAUGAAGCUUAGAGCGUUUCUGCUUAAGAACUUUUAAUGCUGACUGAGAUUAAAAGUAAGUCUCGUCAA